AUACCACUUUGUUUUCCUAUAGAAUAUCCGAUGUUCAUCUUAAGUAAAACAUUCAAUUCUGUAUUAUUGGUAGGGGAGGGAAAUUUCUCAUUUAGCUCUGCUUUAUUGAAACAAAAUGUAUGUCUUCAUCCAAAAAAUUUCUAUGCAACAUGUUACGAGUCUCUUCAGCAAUGUAUCGUGAAAUAUGGUGAAACUGAAACAUCGAAAAACAUUCAAUUUAUUCAAGAUAUGGGAGCAACCGUUUUAGAUUGCAUUGAUGCAACAAAGUUAGCAGACCUUGGUCUGAGAAAGUUUGAACUGAUCAUUUUUCAAUUUCCACACACAGGAAGAAAAGCUAGCAUAAAAAAUAACAGGGAUCUCUUGAGAAACUUUUUCAUCAGUGCUCAAUCACUUUUAAAUGGCAUGAAUGGAUUUGUUGUUGUGACACUCUGCGCUGGGCAAGGUGGUACACCAGCUGAUUCUGUGAAGCGAGAAUAUUGCAACACAUGGAAAAUCGUUGAGAUGGCUGCAUAUGCAAAUUUAAUAUUGACGGAAGUUCAACCAUUCGGCAGUGAUGCCUUUUCUGGAUAUUUGCCAACAGGAAAACGGAAUGCUGGAAAUAAAUUCCAUACUGCAAGAGCAAUGUCUCAUGUGUUUAGAUUUGCAGAAGACCCACCCACUUUGUCGCCUGGUAAUGAUCUAUCUAGAUUUUUUGUAGUUCUUUUUAAAUGUGAAAAACCUUUCGAUCUCUUCAAGCAGCUUUUAGACAAAAAUAUACUCUAUUUUUGCAUCCAUUAAAAGGUAGAUCUUGUUCCAACCUCACCAACCGUCAGUCAUGGGUUCUCAUUUGCAUUAAUUGCUAAUUUAAUUGUUAUGUACUUGGCUAUGAGGAAUUAAGACUUGUAAUAACUAAUUGUAGUUGAAAUUAGUGUUAUCCUGUGCAGUAUUAAGGUCUCCACACUCACAGUAUUGAAAUCCAUACUUUGUUCAUGGUUUCAAACUCAGAUCGACCAUUAAUCCCUACAAACUACAACUACUUUAUUCACAUUGAUGCAAUAAAUUGAUAAGCAACGUUAUUCUUCAGGUUGGGUAUCCAUCAACAAUGGAGACUCGAAUGUCGAUCUUUCCUCAAACUUGAAAGCUCGUUUGGUGAUUAUGAACCGCAUACCAGAUACUAUACCUCCGUACCAAUUCGCAAUGCAAAUAGUACAAAAUUUACAACAGAAGCAAAAUGUUUCAGAAAUAGUUCUCCCAAGUCCAGAUCACAAAGAACUCUGUGUCUCUUUACAAAAUGAAAAAUCUAAUGUGAUAGGCUUACAACUGCCUUCGCUUCUUGAAGAGAUAACGCAACUUACGCAAGACAGUUUUGCUAGUGCGGUUUGCCAUGCACUGUCAUUUCCGCUGAUGAAAAUGUCUGAUAUAAAUUCAAUGUCAAGCAUUCAAUAUGAUAUGUUGGUUGCAACCAACAACUGUGAUGAACUACUUGCUAAUUUACAAGCGAUUUUCGAAUCUUACUGCAAUUAUCAGAUUGAACUGAAUAUAAAGCCCUCAGCCAUCCCAUUCAAGUGUUUGUCAGAUACAUCAAGUCUGGAAAUUCUUGAACAAAACUCCCUUUGUGUCAAUAUUUCGUCUGGAAAACAAGCUAUAAUAGGUCAACACUGUUUACUGAAACUAGAUCAUUGCAACAGGAACAGUACCUGUUUGUCAAUAAUAUUGCUUGAAAUAGAUAAAGUCAUGUUAUCACUGAAUCCCAGUAUCUCAAGUAAUGCAAUGUGGUCACUGGAUGAGAAGACUAGGAAAUUACUUUGGCAUGCAUUUAGUCAAAGGGAUGUUUAUGUUCCGCAGUCUCUCUUUCCACCAAAAUGUGUUCAUGACAUAAGUUUUUGGAUCAGAAGUGGAGGUGAAGAUGAUCCGAAGCACCCAUUAACCAUGGACCGUUUAAAAUCUAUUAUUGUCCAGACUGCCGAUCAGUCUUUGUCAUCAAUAGAACUAAUGGAUGAAUACAACGACGGAAAUUGCUCCAGUAUGUGCAUCAGGGUGACCUACCAAUCAUAUGAUUUCUGUUUAUCAAGACAAAAUUGUUCAAAACUGAAUGAUAAUGUGAGGAAAAAUAUAAGUCAAGUUUUUAAUGUUGUUCUUAGAUGAUUGCGAUGAUAGUCAACUGGCUAACUCAUUCUCGCACCCGAAAUGGACUUGUAACCAGACGUGAGGUCGUUGUUCGUCAUACGAUAAAGCCGUAUGAACCUUUCCUCUCCCACGAAAUAAAAAUGUAAAUCUUAUUCCAAUCCUAUCACACAAGCCUUUGAAAAUAAAUUGACAGUUCUGCCAAGUUAAAUAAUAUUAAUAUAUUGUAAAUAUGUAUUAAGAAAAAAAUAGAAAAAUAUU